AGAUACCAAUAGUAUGCCUACAUCCACGUUGGUUUACUCUCUGUCCACGUGGCUGUGUAUAAAUACUCAGAAAAAAAUGCUGGACGACACUAACACCAUUGCUUCGAAUUAGCUAAAACUAUUUACAAUGUAGCUGAAAGUAAUCGCGUCUGUUACGUUGUCCACUCACCUUGAUAUUCUAAGUGAUUUUGUUGAACUACAUAGCUCCAAAGCCCUUAACGUUAGCAUCCAAAAGAAUAUCAGUUCAGAAAGUAUACACAGUUGCUUCUGAAAACAACAGUUGCGUCGUUUAUAGUACUGGCUGGAUAUAAAAUAUAAUUACUGGAAGAAACAAUUUAUAAUUAACAUUAUUUUUUCCUAGAGGCUUUUUUUUAAAUCGGAGAUUAUGUGGACGAAUUAAAGUUUUGAGGAAGCCAAAGAUGUCCAAUAGCAAGAGGUAUAUAUAACACGAUAUUCUCGAAGAAAUGUCAGAAGGAAAUCUUGGAAGAGUCAAGUUCAGCCGAUCAGUGUGAAAAUCGCUUUAUGGGGCAAACAGAAUGGCAGAGAGAGUUUUCGGUAAACAGACCAUGUUAAGUGAAGGGCUAAAAUGAUAAAGGGAAAAAAACGUCAAUUUCAAAUAAUUGGACAGGCCAAGAUACUGUAGUGCACAACUAAUCGAAAUGGAGGGUCUAAAUAUUAAUUUGCUGUCGUCGCUGCUGUGAGACUGAAAAUAAAUCAGUUCUGUAGAAGACACAGUGAACUUCAUAAAUGCAGAUGUCUGAUGUGAAAAGCUAGUAGACUAAUUAUGGUACGACAGACAGAACUGCCCGUACUAGCAAGUGACUGAGGCAAAUAUUAAAGGAAGUUUGGACGACUUUAAUUACAUGUAAAACACAUAGUAUUUAACGAAUUAAUUCAACUUACAAUUUGUUUAUGGUUUAAAUUAUUAUGUAGUUUUAAAAACGAGAACAUAGAAAAAGGAUGAUUGGACGGGAAGUCUACUCAACUUUUUCGUCCAAGAAAUUAUGGCGACAGGGAAUACCAUCAAACAGUUCGACACCACUGGAAAAUGCCUUGCAGCAUUUAGCUGGGGACAGCUCCUUUCAGUACCUGCCCGCGGACAGCUCCUACAACGGCACGCCGUUCACUCUACUUCAUUAUGAAGAAAUUAAGACCUUCAUAGACUCUCUACGCCACGAAGCCGACCAUCAGAACCGCACCAUCCAACUACUGCUCAUGAUUGCCUACUCAAUAACCAUCGGCAUUUCGUUGUUUGGCAAUAUACUGGUGUGCCAUGUGGUGAUGAAGAACAGAAGAACGCAUACUGCUACCAGCCUCUUCAUAGCCAAUCUGGCAAUAGCGGAUCUCAUGAUUACUUUGCUUAAUGCCCCAUUUACAUUGGUACGGUUUGUGAGUAGCACGUGGAUAUUUGGAAAAGCGAUGUGCCAUAUCAGCCGUUUUGCCCAGUAUUGUUCCCUCCAUGUAUCUGCACUAACCCUCACUGCUGUAGCUCUGGACAGAUAUCAGGCCAUCAUGCAUCCUCUGAAGCCACGGAUAUCUGUGUUGAAAGGGAUCUCAUGCAUUGCUUUAAUUUGGAUUAUGGCCUCUUGUUUCUCGCUGCCAUAUGCCAUCUAUCAAAAACUUGUCAACAUACAUUAUGGGAAGAUGAAAACCCAACGGCUUUGCAUGCCUUCUUUUCCAGCCCCUUCUGACACAUUCUGCAAAUAUCUUGACCUGGCAACAUUUAUAAUGCUGUACCUGCUACCCCUGCUUAUAAUUACUGUUGUUUAUGCAACUGUUGCCAAGAAACUUUGGUUCCGCAAUGCUAUUGGUGACAUCACCACUGAACAGUAUGUAGCACAACGCAGGAAGAAGAAGAAGACAAUGAAGAUGCUCAUAGUAGUAGUGGUCGUAUUUUCUGUCUGCUGGUUCCCCCUGAACUGCUACGUAGUUCUGACAUCAAGUCAGGUUAUCCAAACAAGUAAUGGUCUUUUCUUUGCUUUUCACUGGUUUGCUAUGAGCAGCACCUGUUACAAUCCCUUUAUAUACUGCUGGUUGAAUGAACAGUUUCGCUCAGAACUGAAGACAUUAAUCCAGUUUUGCAGGAGAACUAGGGAUAUAGUGAGGAAUGAUAUACCUACAGUCUCUGUGGCCCCAAAUCGUCAUGCUUGGUCAAAUGUCUCAAGACAUAAAUCCAGAAAUAUUUUAUUAACCAAUCAUUCACCAAAUAUGGAAAGACAGUGUGAGCUGUCCUUCCUUAGAGCGCCCAAUGAUGUGAGUGUCUCACAUGCAUCUGAUUAACACUGAAGGACUGCAGACAUUUUGAUGCAUUUUCCCAUUUCAGCUUGCUGCAAUAUGAAACAAAGUCUAGCAUACUUGUCAAACAUCUGACAUGAAGCUUGAAAACUUUGCUAAAUUUAACAAGCAAAUUCUGCAAAAUUAUCUUACACAAAUGUGUGAUACAAGGAUGUAGUUAAUUAUCUGUGAGCAAACCUUGUCUUUAGUUGUAGAAUCUGGUCGCCUGAUAUGGCCUCUCCCAGUUAAGGCUUUCGCUUUUGUUAUUCAGGGGUCUCUGAUCCAUGCAGGCUCACAUAAGCAGAACUACUUUUUAGUGGCUAAUGAGUUGAAAUGAUGCUUUAAAGGGUAUUCACUGUUUAAAUACAAUGACGGUAUAGUUUUGUCUAAACAGAGGCUAUGGUGCUCUUCUGCUGAGACUGAGCAGGGAAUAAAUAAAGGUUAACAUUUUGAAGAAAUUAACUGUUACAUUUUGAAUUUGUCAUAAUGAUUCCUCUCUUUAUAACUGAAACAUUGUAAUACACAAUGCUAUUUUAUGUAUGAUGUAUUAACUAAAUAAUAUUCUCUGGUUGAUAUAUUCAGUAAGUGAUACCUUGCUAUACUCUAGCACUGUUUACACUGUGAAAAAUUACCUUAUGUCAUACCUCUCAACCUCUUAGCUUGAGAAAUAUGGACAAAGCCUGACAUAAUGGGGGGCAAAAGACCAA